CGCCGUGGUGUCGCGCACAUGUUAAACAUCUCAAUUAGCGCAAGCGUGAGUGACGUGAUAUAAGCUUGACCAGUGUGUCACAUGUGCGUGUGUGCCAUGUAGCGAUGCCGGGCGCUUUCCGUGUGUACUGUUUAAUUCGUGGGGCGACAACCGCUGCUGUAUUUCCCGUGCGCGGUCCACCGACGUUUCCGCUGGCGUCUGAAAAAGAAACGGCCACAUGACGUCGGGGUCCAGCUAUCUCCGCGGCAUCCAAGGUGAAAUACCCUGUGUGGAUUGCGGGCAACUCGCCGCCAGGAUCGAGGGUUUCUCACUGAAGUUUAAGACCUGCGGCAUAGACCUCGACAAGCCGUGCGGCAAGACUGCGGACAGCGCGAGUCGCUGUUCGACGAUGUGGUACCUGCCCACGCUCAACGCAGCGAUGCGCGUCGCUUCGAUGCACGUAUUCGAACAUGCUCCCGGCAAGUUCACGCUGAGCACCGUUCAGAACGCUAGCUCAAAUUACCAGAACAUAGAGAGCACCCUUCUCGAGUGCGUCACCUUGGUGUACUUGCUGUUGAAAGAGCACCGAUGUGUCACGCGUCUGGACGUGGGUGAGUCAGCAGUUUUGUUCCGCUACUUCCCGGCGCUGAUUUCUAAAGCACUGGUACAGAACAGUGGACUUGAAGAGGUUCGAGUUCAGAUCACUGACGUGAGAGGUAGUUGGCGCGCAAGUCACGCUUUGGCUCUCCUGUCUUCCGCACUGGCAAAGCUGUCUCUGCGACUGGAUGUCUUGGACAUCAACAACCUCAUGCCGACUGUCGAAUCUAUAGAAGCAAUCAUCGAGGCGCUUAGAAGAGGCACCUUGCGCCGUCUCGUUAUGUCGAACGUCACGAAAACCAAGAUUGCGGGAAGGUUGUUCAGAGCUGUCGGACAUUCUUCCCGUUUGAGUGAGCUUGAAAUCGAGGGUACCAGGACACGGCCGAUACGGAACGCCGUCAUUUCGUCGGACGCGCUGACGAGAAGCAAAACGCUGCGGAAGCUUAAAAUAGCGUGCUCGGAAAAUGGCACGACCGGAAGGCUGCUCAAGUCCCUAAAAGACAACGAGAUCUUGGAGGAGCUGGCACUUUGCUCCACGUAUGAAGAGGCGAACAUCCUUUGGGAGGGCUUGGAGAUGCUGCGUUCUAACCGAGCACUCAAGUGCCUGAGACUCGUAGACGUUGGCUUGAGCGACAGCUGCGCGCUGGUCAUCGCGGACAUUCUGCGGGAGAACAACGUGCUUCAAGAAGUCUGUCUAUCCAGCAACAGCAUCACGGAUCUCGGAGCGGGCGCGUUGGCAAAGGCCUUGCAACAAAACUCGGCCUUAAAGCGCCUGGACAUCUCCGAAUGCAUGUUGAGUUAUGAAGCCCUGUCGAUUUUUGUAACAUCACUCUCGCUCAACACCACGGUCGAGUACGUUGGGCUUGGGGGCGUGGAGGUUCCGGAGACGUGGACACCGAGCACGCCCCUCACUGCGAACACCUGCGUUCGUCUGGACGUUGCGUGGAACACGCGCGGUCUCCGAGACUGGGCCUCGUCGCUACGUCAAGGAGUACACCAUUUUUCUCGACUCUGCGUCAGCUGGACUUCGGAAGCGGAGUCGUUCGGUGUCGCGCAGUGGUUUGACGCAGCGCAGGCGAGCGGCAUUUCAAUCACAGAACUCGUCAUCAGCUGUCCCAGAAUAGUCGCUCGUCAGUGCGACGAAGCUGCGGUGUCCUUUCUGGAGGGCACCAGUUCACUGAAGAAACUCACCUUGAGGUGUAAGGCCCACCCGUACAGAUACGUGAACGCGGUCAUCCGUGGUCUUGUCCGCAACAAGAGCGUCAGCGAGGCCGACUUUCGUCAGUUCCUUCCCGCGGACUACGACCUCAAGCCGCUGCGAGACUUGAUGCGCACGAACCGAACUCUGCAUCGCCUGUCGUUCAAGGCUCACUACAUGUGCGAGCAGGCUGUCCGCUCUCUGGCGCGUGCUUUGGAGGACAACUUCGUCCUUCUAUCAUUCGACUUGGAGCGCUCGCCUAACGUGGACAUGUAUCCCAUCCUUCCCAUCCUAGACAGGAAUCGUGCGCUUCUCAAUCGCGCGGUCGAGUGCGUGUUGAACUCUUCGGCUGAAGAGGAGUCGAUAAAGGCACUGCGGCUGCUCUCGGCGACCGACUCGCUGCUCGAUGAGGUUGCUAACGUUUCGGGCAAGGGACGCGAUGAAUGCAAGAUCCUAGUGCAAGAAUCGAUUCGUCGCCGACAGAUUGUGUGUUGAAGAAUAUGUGACAGGGCAAGUGCUUAGGCAAAGUUGUAUUGAAUGGUAACAGUAAGGGAAGUUCGAAGUCGUGAGGCCAGCUUUCUUGGUUGCAUGCCUGAACGUGCAGUCAAAGUUUGCAGCACGAAUACGAGCAUAUGGAAAGCGGAACACUUGAAUAGGACCGGCAGGCUCAGGCCUUGCCUCUUGGUGCGUACGUGCAAACGCAGUGGCGUGUGAAUGGGACCGAUCUCUGGCCAGUGCUCUGGCGGGCAUUCAACACCGCCCUGGUUAUACGCACAUGAUUUCAUUCCAAACGUCCUUUCUGUUUACUGAGCCCCACUGUACGUUGCGAAAGUAAUGAGUGAGAUUAAACUACAUCUCUAUCGAAAAUCUGCCGAAUGCGACAGAAAUCAACACAAGCGCGACAGAACUCCCUUUCCCCCAGAUUUUUCCCGCCAAUUGGGAUAAGGCUCGCCGGUGAGCUAUGCUGCGUCAUUAAAGAAAACGAACGGCUCAAAUAUCCAACUCAUUUCCCACCCGUAAUUUUUCAGUUUGCGUGUAUAUAUAAGGUUAAAAAAAAGCGAUGAACUGGACCAGUUCGUGGCUGUUUAUGUUUUCUUAUUGCGCCGAGUGCAAAUACACGUUGGGUGCAGCUUAAACACGAUCAUGCUGGAAAAUAUCUAUAUCCCCGAAUCCGUACAUUCCCAUAAACGCAGCACAUCCAGGAACUUCCGAAGCUCAAGGCACAACACGGUGACUUGAGCAAAGAGCGGUUAAAAUAAAAACGCAUUUCCUAAUCGAACUGAAACAAGGUUUGAGCGCUUGUCUCUGGUUUGAGCUUGCUCUCUACCCCUUUUUGUCCGUUGCCCGCUCCUGCGCUGUUUGUUGAAGAUCGUAAACUAAUCAAAUGUUUCUCCCUGACGGGCUUCUCCACGUGAUAACACAGCAGGUUCAGAUUCAGAUAACACUGCCCGAGAUUGUGGAAGCAGCGACGGCUAGUCGUGAACGGCACAAGGUAAGUCAAUACAAAGAACAUUUACGCUGCAACAAGCUGUGACGCCCUCCGAAACCAGCUUCCUCCCCGAAAAAAAAAAUACCAAUGGCGUCAGGGCGGGUGAACCUAAACUUCCGUUUUAUUCCUGUUCUCAAUUGUCCGAUAUCGCAGACGAUGUAGAGCACAGCUGCAGCCAGUGCCCGUCCCCAAG